CACUGACGUGACGAACAUUUUCCGACACGCCCGUUCGCAGUAAGGUAGCAAGAAGAUGGAAGCGAGGAUUGUGCUGCAAAGUGACUGGUCAGAGGUAUUAAGAGAGAACGAAGGAGAAGUGUGGGUCUGCUGCAAAAUAACAGGAAAACCAACCGUAUACGGCACCCUGAAAUGUCAAGGCGUCAGUUACGACGGAAUACCCGAAGUCACCGCAUCUGAAGAGUUUGAAGUGCUUGAAGUUUCUAAGAAAAGUAUCCAUGUAACCUGUCCAGCUGGGAACACAUCAUCAAAGUUCCUUGCACCACACACAACGUUUGCUGGAAUUCAUGACAAGAGUGUAACAUGCUUGGACAUCUCGUGUGGUGGAGGUCUUGGUGUGUCCACCAGCACAGACAGCACAAUGAAGAUAUGGAACUGCACAAAUGGCGACAGAAGGAGGGAUCUGAUUGGUCACGUGUACGAAGUGAACUGCUGCCGGUUUUUCCCCUCUGGCAUGGUGGUUCUUAGCGGCGGUAUGGACGCCCAAGUCAAAAUCUGGUCCUGUGAGGACGGGACCUGUCCUGUGACAUUUAAAGGACACAAAGGAGGUAUUCUUGAUACUGCCAUUGUGGACCGUGGGCGGAAUGUAAUAUCUUGCUCGCGGGACGGCACUGCCCGCCUGUGGGAUUGUGGGAAAUCGGCAUGCCUGGCAGUGGUGGCUGACUGUGGUGCUCCUGUCAAUGGCUGCAGUGUUGGAACCGCUGACAACAGUAUAAACCUGGGGACACCAGAGCAGCCCACCAGUGAUCGAGAAAUAGGAACACAGGACAAACUGCUGCUCCUGGCUCGAGAAGAUAACAAAUUACAAGGUGUGGGUCUUCAAAGCAGACAGCCUGUAUUCACGUUUGAUGGAGCAGAUGCCUUCAACUGCUGUACGUUCCUCUCUUGCGUGUCCUUAGUUGCGGGAACACAGGAUGGGAAGAUCUACAAAUUAGAUGCAAGAUGUUUAAGAUCCCCUGUGCAGGUAAUUCAUAGAUCUGGAGCUCCUGUCCAUUCCUUAGUGCCAUUCAGAGAAGGAUUUAUAGUUACCCAAGGUGACGGAAGCUGUUUUAUGAUUCAGCAGGACCUUGAUCAUGCCAUUGAGUUAACAGGACCUGAAGCAGAUCCAGUCUACAAGGCAACUUCAUGGGGAAAAAGUGUCUUCACAUGCUGCAGAGAUGGACUUGUGAGGAAGUACCAGCUCUCUAAUCUGUGAUUGCUCUUCCAUCAGAAGGGGGUUGGCCAACCUUGGCUCUGGAAGGCCACAGUGUAGCAGGCCGCGUGGGUGACCUUUGGAUCACUUCUUCCUCAGCUCUAUUUUGUUUCAAAAGGACUGAGUUUUGAGCACUUAAGCAGCUGGUGUGUGUGUUGACAUAAUGUAGUGGUUAUCCAAAGUGGAACUCCCUUUAUCGCUCAAGGGAACACAAUCUGCCACUCAUGGUUUAAUUAAACAAAUUAAUUGACUUAAUUGACUCGUUUGUUCCACGUCUUUACAAAUGGAAUGAUCUGAAGGUGACCUUAUAAAAGCAGUUAGAUUGUGGCUUGUCCAGGACCAGGGCAGGCUACCCCAGCUCUAGAAGAAAUAGACCAAGGACAAACAUGGUUGAAUGUGUAACGAACAUCCCUGAGACUGGGCUUACAGUAUUGCUAAAUUUUCAUUUAGGAGUGGCUUGUUUAGUAGGGGGUUGAAACAAUGCUCAGUUUUAUAAGAUGAAAUGCUAGGUAUUUCCUGCUGUUGUUAAGGGUAGUAAUUCACGUUGCUGCACCUGUUGUAAUGAAAAAAUAUGUAAAUAAAAUACCUAUCCUCAGAAAAA